AUGUUUAAGCCACAUGAUCCAGAAGAGGACAUGCAAGGCGAAUGGACUCAUUCUUCUCGGCUCGCUCUAGAACCAAAGGAUUUCAGUGACCAGGCCGACAGUAUUUGGAGGAAAGGAGAAACACAGGACAGAAUGGCCCUUGUGACAUGGCUAAAGAAUGCACAGAAAGGGAGAGGAGAGGGAAAUGAGGAAUUGGUGAACGGCUCGGUAUGA